UCUGUCUGCGGUGCCCGUGCCGUGCUCGGCGGCGAAUUCCACGGCGGGUGCGAUAAUUGCUCGCUUGGCCGGCGGUGUCGGUUUCGCGUGCAAAUUGUGCGGCGGGUUGCCGCCACUGCUGUUUCUUUCGUCGCCGUUGUGCGCUGUGCGGUCGCCAUGCCUUGAACGCGAUGUCCGCGCGGCUGUCUGCAUGCGGCGUUUUGACACCCCCGCCUGGUGCUUUUCCGCUACGGCGUGGUCUCCACGAGUGAGCGAAGCGGAGGAAUCACUUGGUUUUGCGUGUCUGCACUGAACGAGUCGUUGUCUUCGGCGAUUCCCCGUGGAUGUGCGCGGACUACGUGAACCGGCUCCUGCCGCGACGCGGGUCUGGCGCGGCGACCGCCACCACCACCACCGCGGCCCGUGCUGUCCCCGUGGUCUCUCGUCAAGUGACCGCCAACUGACGUCACGUGUGACGUCACGUGGCAUGACGUUCCCCUCCAUGCUCCUGGGUGAGACAGCAACGAAACGAAAUCAGGGCAUUGGCGGCGACGGGUGUCCGGGAACUACGUCAUCGGGUUACGUGACAACGCCUAGUGGCAGUCCUAGUGGUUUGAUCUCAUCAUGGAGGCCGAAUUAAAGCCGUCUGUGGUGGAUUUCGAUUUCAAGCAGAGGUCCCGCAGCAUGUUUUCACCGCCGCCUGAGCAGCGGUGAGGUGAAGUGCUCUUCAAGCGCAGUGGGCCGGUGACCGAGGUUGGUGUGCGCGGCUGGAUGUGCCUAUAGGAGGAGCGGCCGGGCGGCACGCCCCUGGCCAUGCUGGCGGCUCAGUGCAACAAACUGGCCAGUAAGAGCCCUCCGCCGCUGGCGGACGCGGCCGUGGGCAAGGGCUUCCACCCCUGGAAGAAGGCCGCACCGCAGGGCAACAGCUCCUCAACGCCCCCGCCGCAACAGCAAACCUCGUCGUCGUCCGGACUCGGACAGCAGCACCCGAGGCUGGCUCACUCGGGCUCCUCUCCUUACCAGCACAACCACCAGAGGACGCCAGGCUCAGCGGUCUCGAGUGGCUCUGUGACGACGGUGACCACGACGCCCUGCAGCUACCCAUCCGAGUCGCUGUUCUACCCGGGCGUCUCUGCGGCCGCCACGACAGGAGUGCCCUCAGCCGGCGCGGCUAGCGACUCCCUCCUGGCCAAGGUGGAGCCCCUGGGCCGCAUGUAUUCCCACGCUUACUGCGACAACUGGCCGUACGCGGCGGCGGCGCACAUCAAGCCCGAGACGGCGAACGCGUUCAACUCGUCUCCCUGGUGGGAGGUGGGCGCCGGCGGCUCGUGGCUGGAUGCCACCGGCCACUCGCAGCUGCCCAACGCGUACGCGGCCGCGGCCGCCGCCAGCUCCGACUACGGUCUCGGCUCGGGUCUGGCCGGCAGCCCGCUGCUGGGCUCCUCCCCGCUGCUGCAGGACACGUACAAGUCGAUGCUUCCUGGCCAGGGUGCCCCCGGCGUCGCGUCGCCGUUCUCGCUGGCGCAGCCGGCGCUGCCGCAGGUCGCCGCCUCCUCUCCGCGGUCACAGCGGAGGUACACGGGCCGGGCGACCUGCGACUGCCCCAACUGCCAAGAGGCCGAGCGGCUCGGACCCGCCGGGGCCCACCUGCGCAAGAAGAACAUCCACUCGUGCCACAUCCCGGGCUGCGGCAAGGUGUACGGCAAGACGUCGCACCUCAAGGCGCACCUGCGCUGGCACACAGGCGAGCGACCUUUCGUCUGCAACUGGCUCUUCUGCGGCAAGCGGUUCACGCGGUCCGACGAGCUGCAGCGCCACCUGCGCACGCACACGGGCGAGAAGCGCUUCGCCUGCCCCGUCUGCAACAAGCGCUUCAUGCGCUCCGACCACCUCAGCAAGCACGUCAAGACGCACAACGGCGGCGGAUCGUCGGGCGACAAGAAGGGCUCCUCCUCGGGAUCCUGCUCGGACUCGGACAACUCGCAGAGCGAGGCCCCCCAUCCGAUGGGGGGAGGAGGAGGGGGCCUGCCGCCCUCACAGCUGGGCUCGGCGGGCUUGUCCCAGGGACUCGCCCUGGGCCCGCCGCCUCCGCCGCACGUGCCCCUCGGCGUGCUGGGCGCGCACGUCGCCCAGCACCCGGCCGACGCGCACCGACACAAGUAGGAGGGCUCGGGACUCGCCGCUCGUGCCGCGAGACGGCGCUGCUGCUGUUUCACUCGUGGUGCCUGUUACGUAGCGAAUGCCCGCUAUACUGCGCAGUCGAGGACGCCAGCCUGCCAUCAGUGCGACAAAUGCGUCGUCAGCCCUCGGCUGACUGCCUGCUCUGUAUAAAAGGUUUAUUUAAUGAAGAUGCGAGGAGUCAACUCCACGAGAACUCCAGUGGAUUAAGCUAGUAUAUACCGUGUCAAGGAGCAGGAGUAGUUGAUACGAAGGAAGACCUGUCUAUUUUAAAUUGAGGUGUCUACACGUCAGUCCAUUAGGGUACCGCAUGGAGUAAGAAAUGCCACAGAAGAUGAUUCGAGGACGGAUCGACUAGUGGCGCUAGCGUUCCUGGAAAUGUUCCUAAAUAUUCGCUGAGAACCCUGCGCAGCGAACUCGUCAGCUGUCGUUUACCCGACGUUGAAAGCGGUGCACUGGCGCUAGAGUGAAACAGCAGAACGCGCUCGUCUUCGGCGCGGCGUGGUGCGUCGCGCCCUCGUCACCGAUACGCUAUACAGCUGGUGUAGUGAGUGACCGGUCGGCGGCAAUGGCGGUGACAGCGCGUCCUGGUGCGCCCUGGGGUGCGUCGGCGCUUGUACGAAGGGCCUGUCGGUGGCUGCAGUACUCCGGAGAACCAUCCGUGCCGUGCUCUGGAGAGGGAGGGCGAAGGGCCGACGGACCUGUGCGACGGUGCAGCGGGCGCCCUAUAGAACGCCCCGCGGAUGUUGUGUGCGCUGUGUGCGGGCAGCUUUCUUCCCGGUUCGCGUCUUCUGCGCGCUGGUGGCUUGUUGAACUCUGCGCGCUGGCCGUCAGUGGAGAAGGAGGAGCUCUCGAAACUGUAAGACUUGGGGAGGGGCCAUCGAUCACGUGGGUUGUUUGCAGCGUUAAUACCGGCCUUGCUAUAGGGAAAGUGUUGAGAGAAGUGAUUACACCUCCGAUUACCACUGAUUGGCAUUUAAUUUUCCUACGUUUUCGGGAGGAAGACAUCGUAGAUGAAUUGCGCCUGGAUAGUUUAUAAAAUUCUGCCAGGACCAACCAAUUAUUUAAUGGAAGCUUUAAAACUUGCCCUAGUUGGCCUAGUGGUGGCUAUAUUAGGCCGCAUUAGCUUUCUUAGUGCGAUUAAUAUUCACUUGCUUGGUUUUACAUUUAGCGAGUCGCUUCGCUAUCCGUAGAUUUUAAUAUGAACCUACAAUAUUGAACCCUAGAAUAUGAAUAUGAAUAUGAACCUAGAAUAUGAACCCCUUCCCUCUUCCCCAGUGCAGAGUAGCAGACUAGAGCGCACUAGCUCAGGUCGACCUCUCUGUCUUUCCAAUCAAUAAAUUCUAUUCAUUCAUACUAUUAGAAUAUUGUCUCGCUCGCUAAAUGGAAGUGUGGUCCUUGAAACGAAUCUCUGUAAUUUAAUUUUAAAGAACUGCUUGAAUGGAACAUGCGUCGUAAUUCGAAAGCUGUACGCGAUAUCAGGUGUUAACACUUACGCCAUGUACGACGAAUAAUGUUCUCGGGGGACUCUUUAGAGAAGCCCAUUAGGCGAUUAGCGGUGGCUUGCAUUUGAACUCUGGAUAGAACGGUUUUUCACGAUUGGCUUGCGAUCGCGUUUCGGGAGUGACCGGCCUCGCGACGCGCUCCACGUCACCACGCGGGUGACGCCUCCAUCACCGAGCCGCGAAUGAAAACAAAGAGCCGUAUAGCAGAUGAGAGAAAGCAUCGUUUGCCAUACGUCGCCUUCCUGUCAAGCCGACUCCGUGUGUGCCUCGUGACUUUCGAACUGCCGGCAGCACUGUGCAUCAACGUGAUGGAAACUGCUUCGUGGUGUGUGUUUGUGUGUGUGUCUGCGCGCGAAAUAGAUGUAUUUCUUUCGUUUUUUUUUUUGUUCGGCGAUGACGCGACAGCGUUCGUCUCUUUAUUAAUGUGUGCGCGCGAAAAUCGCUCAGCUAGAAGGUCUUAAAACGCGCGAAUUUUGCGCGCGGUGACCUAAGUUUUCUUGUGCUAUUAGAAAAAAAAAAAUAUUGUCGUCGAGCUUUAUAUCGUACUACAGUGCGAGUCUUUCUUCGAUGAAGAGACUAUGAGACUUUAAAAGAGUUCUGCCACGGGUUUUCAGUGAUCUAGGACAUUGUACAUAGUGACUCAACAAAGGAAAGAACUCUGUGCAAUUGUAAAUUUUUCGCCCACUUUUUUUAAAAGUUGUCUCUCAAUGUGUUCGCAUGUGUGUCUACGUGUGCAUCAUGAACGCUAGUAAAGAAAAAAAAAUAAGUCUCGGAGAUUCGAACUAUGGUGAACGUUCUCUCUACUGAGAUUGAGCGUAAUUUCUGAAGUGCUCUCAUAGAGGUAUCCUUAGCAGAGAUGCCAACAGAACGCCAGUACAUGUGGCAUGGCGCUGACGUCAUUGUUUACGUGGUACUUUGGUACUGCAUGCUGUUGCGGCGGAAGGCAGGGCUGAACAGAAGCCGCGAAUUUAAGGUAAUGCAACUGAAUAGGUAUUUUUGUCGCAGGAUUGAGCGAAGUGUCAUGGAGCGCGGAAAGAAAAAGUUCAUUUUCAUCUUUUUGUGUGUGCGUGUGUACUGUCCCACGGACUAUUCAAAUUGAGUACAUCCAUAUUGUUUUCGGCUGGGACGAACUUAUGUAGUUGUAUUGGAAGAUCUAUGUAAUUAUUGCAGUUAGCGAUGGAAUGUGACACUCAAAUCUGCUGUCCCAGGUGUUAUCAUUAGAAAAAAAAAAAAGAGGCGAGCGUGCCGAAAAGCGGUUAUAUCUGUUCACUAAUCCAACUGGGCAUCAGCCAACAGUUCAUUUUCAACAUGGUGCACAACCGCCUAAAGUAAGACUGCAGGUCAUCUAACCUUAGGAAAUGACCUCAAAAUUCUCGUGGCCUAUAGCGCCAAAGACUGCAAAGUUACGUUUGCAGCCAUUGUGGUAUCGCCGAUACACGCCUAACAGGGCACUUUCAGAUUGGGAGUGUGUGGAGCGUCUUCACGGCUCACAGGGUCUGUGAAAGUUUGUGCUACAUCUUCGGUGAAACUGACAUUUGCGCAACAGCGCUUGCGGUGUGCCUCAUUUUGCAGAGGACGCUAUUUAUGAACGUAUUCUCGUAAGUGUUGGCACGGAAUAUUUUUUGAACGCGUACCGAGCGUCCCGAAAUCCAGAUUUGAAGAAAAGGUGUCUCGCACGUGAAGAAAGAAAGGAAGAGCGGAUCCGUGAAUUUACAUGUGUGAAAGUUCUCGUAAGAAAACGUAAAUAAAUAAGCAGAUUUGAAAACUUCAGCCCUGAACUGCUUCCGUUGUACGACAACUUUGCAUCGCCAUGGACUUGCAAAAUGGCCGGGCCAGGUUAGUCACUUGUGCAAGCGCUGGCUUGACCUCGGAAAGUGGUGCCAUCCCGACAUUGCCGCGGAGAGUGUAACAAAUGUGUAACUUCCUUGACCGUGCGUGUCGUUGUCGUGACUCCGUAUACCGAUUGGAGUAAGAGCAUAAAAAUCUUCGCAUGCGCUCAGCUCUGACGAUCGUUUAGACGGUUUUGUUUUCUACUUGCUUUCAGUACUUUUUUUUUUUGAACUGUAAUUCCUGACGGUGACAAUUCCAGUGCUAUUGACAAACGAAUAAAAAGAAAGGCAAAUGCUGACGAGCAUGUUCCU